UCCUAGCAACCGCCUGGCCUGCCAGCACCGGCUUGCAGAAAGUCGAGGUCGCCAUGGCUGAGCCAACCGUCGUCUUAACCUCCACCACAGCACCAAGAGAAGACCUGGGACGUAAGGAGUCGCUCUUAACGACUUCGAAAAAAGUCAAGAAGAUUACAGGCAUUGAGAGAGAAGGAUGGUGGAGGCUCACAGUGACGAAUACUCCAAUACCUGGUACUUACCAUUUAAGGACUUUUAUUGAAGAAGCCCUACUAAAUCCAGUGAGUAUAACCUACAACUUUAAAAAUGAAGGCAGGAAAAGAAUCCCACUUGUGCUGAGAAACGAUCCGGUCCCCACUGACCUCCCGCAAUAUAGUCCCCCUGACUUCCUGGAGUUGUUGAAGAAGCAAUCGGCCUCGUACUCCUUCAAAGACAAGCCCCGCGCAGACCCCAGCAUGCUAGUUGAAAAAGAUAAGUCACUCCAUCUUUGCCCGGGACAGUACGACACUCUUCCUGCACCGGUUCCCAAGAACUCAGCCAGGAGCUUCGUAUUUCGUUCUUCAGUUCAAAGAUUCCCACCAAACUAUUUCACUCCUCACGAGGGCCCUGGACCAGGGGACUACAACUUGAAAUUGCCCCGAACAGGAUCUAUCACUUCGUGUUUUAGAUCUAGGGUUCCCCGGUUCCUGCCUGUCGGUUCAAAAACGCCAGGCCCAGGAGCGUAUACAUGUACAAGACAAUUCCCCAGACAGUCCUCAACCAUCGCCAAAAUGGGUAGAGAACAUAGCCUUUUCUUCAAUAACACAAUUGGCUUUUGAAAUAAAACAAUAUUGGUGCCAAG